AUGUGCAGUUCCUUCCCCGUGCUGCUUUCCCCAGACCCCCAGCAGGUGCUGCAGGCCGUGCAGGGCCUAGUGGCUGGUCUGCACAAGGACAAAGGAGGCAUGCUGGAGGUUUUCUUGGGAGACGCUGAGUGCGAAGAGUAUCUGGGGGCUCUUUGUAGUCUCCUGGCUGCUCCCAAAGUGAGGCUGUGCAGCAACGUCGCCUACAUCCUGGGCACCAUCGCCGAGAAGGAGAGCGGGGCGGCACGCCUGGUGGCACUGGCAGGCUCGGGCUCCGAGGGGCUCCUGGAUAGCCUGAGCGCCAUGCUGACCUGGGACGACCCAGAGGCUGUGAUGAAUGCGGCAGGUACCCUGGGCUCCCUGGCGGAAACAGGUCCCAGCCGGCAAUGGCUGCUCCAAGCCCCGAAAGCUGAUGAGAUUAUUGAGAAGCUCACGGCGCUGCUGGGCUCAGCUGACGAAGCACCUCCUGAGACAGCUGAUCACUUCCCUGAAGGCAGAGGAAGCAGGCUGCAGCAUGAACGCUGCCUUCACGCUGGGCGCCUGUGUGACACGGACCUCGGCCUGCAGCAGCUCUUUGCCCUCCCUGAAGUCUCCAGCAUGAUCCAUGCCCUGGUGUCCAUGAUGGCCAGCGCGGAGGCAGGAGGGAGCCGGAACGCCUGCUUUGCUCUCAGCUGCCUGGCUGCCAACAAGGAGGGGCAUGACCACGUGCUGCAGAGCCCUGCCUUCCCCCGGGCUCUGGAUACGCUGUGCCGCCUGCUUCGCGCCAAGGAGCAGGAGUCCUCCUGGUUUGCUGCCAUGACCCUGCGUGUGCUCGCCAGCCAGCCCAAGGGGGUGAUGACACUACGAGAACACCCAGAGCUGGAACCCCUCCUGCAGGAAGUGGCUGCCUCAGAGACAGUAGGAGAAGAGCUGCUAGAGGAAGUGACCGGCACCCUGGCCAAGCUCCGGCGUCUCCCGAAACCCUCACCCCCGGAAGCCAAAGUUCUGGAUUCUGGUUCCAUCCAGGUGGCCUGGGAAAGUUUCAGGCCUCAGAGCAGCCUUGAGGUCAAUUACAGGCUCUACGAGGGGGGCGCCCUGCUGUACCGAGGGCCAGCGCUCAGCUAUGCCUUCGCGGGCAGCGGGCCACGCCAGGAAUACCGCUUUCAGCUCUGCCUUGAGGCCAGGGGCGACCGGGGGCCGUGCAGCGAUGUUACGGUGCUGCCCAGAGAAGAACCGGUGCCCAGUUGCCCCUUGGACUUCCGCGUGACAGCUCGCACGGCCACCCAGUUAAAAGUGAGCUGGGCCCCUCCGGCCGAGCCCAGCGGCCCCAUCAAACACUACACAGUGUAUAGGGAGGAGACCCUGGUGGGCUCCACCCCAGAACUCAGCUGUGUUGUGGGCGGCUUGGCCCCUUCCGCGAGCUACCGGCUCAGCGUCUGCGCAUGCACCAGCAAAGCCCAGGGAGAGAAGGCCACCCUGCUCACCAAGACCAUGUCCCUGAGGGGCCAUGCCCCGGAGAGGUUAACCCUCAUAGUGCUGGGGCGCAGCGAGAUCUUUGUGACGUGGGAUGUGCCCAAAGCGCCCCUGGGACGCUUCUUUAACUAUGAGCUGUGCUUGAACGGGGAAGUGGUGUACCUGGGCACGGCGCGCUCCUACAUGGCCCGCCGGCUCAGGGCCAACACGGCCUACACCUGCACCGUCAGCGCCCUCACCAGUGCGGGGCGCUGUGUCAGCCGGCCAGUAACCAAACGCACGCCCAGGGAUGAGUACAGCGAUGUCAGCAGGUGCUAUUACCCCUCCCCAGGGAGCGGGCAGCCUGCCACAGCCUCAGCGCCCAGCGAGACUCCAGAAAUCCCUCAGGCGCCAGGAAGGGGCAGAGGCAACGCAGCGGAGUCACUCAAACCUUCCCCUGCCAGGACGCCGAGAGCCCCUCUCCUGCUGAGCAGAAGGGCCAGUAAAUGCUGGGAGACCAAGAGCAGCGCGAACCCCGCUGCCACGCCCAGGAGAGAGCCUGCUCUGUUCUGCUCCAGACAGCCAAGCCAGGCAACGCGAGCUGCCAGCCCUGCCAAGGCUGCCCCACUUCCCAGGCAGCAGGCGCCUGAUGCCAAGAGCCUCCCCAGGCAAACUGCACUUCGGCCCAGCAGGGAGAACAGCUCAGGCAAACCUGGGACGCCGAGCCAAACGCUCUUCCCAGAGCUGGCAACAGUCCUCCCACUCGGGCACCCGGCUUGGCAGGGCUCACCCGGUCCGAGUGCUGUGCCCGUGUCCCUUCAGCUCAGCCGCGCCCUAGAGCGGAGGAAACCCAGGCAGGCAGCCUCAGGCCAGCAGGGGCCGGGCUACGGGCACCCCCCUGUCCUGGAGAGCUUGGGGCAGGAGCAGCUCAGGGCUCCACUGGGGAGCCAACUGCUCCGGGGGCUGCAGAGGCCAAAGCCACAAACAAGGACUGGCCGGGGUUGUAGUCGGCUCCUGCCAGCCAAGACAGCUGUGCCCCUGGGUGUAUCUCACAAGGGAAACGCCAGCCUCCACCCUGCCGUGGUACCCACGAGAACUCUCUGCCCACAGCGGCGGGAUGGCCGCGGGAAUGGAGCCGGGUUUAACGCUGAACAGACCAGGGAAGACGUAGCCUCGGGGAGAGGCCACCCCCGCCUGCCGCUGCUCUGCCUUUCAGAUUGGCUGGCAGGGCUCAGCCGGCGGGCCCCACAGCGUGGCAGCUGCCGGGGGCUGAGCGUGGUGGAGCGGGAGAGGACCUGGAGGGCUCUGAUGUCCAGAUUCCCUGCAGGCCCCCGAAGCUUCCCGACUAACCCCCUCCCUGCGAUGGGCAGGAGGCCCUCUGGCCAGACACCCCAGGGGAUGCUCCUCGGAGACCAUCUGCUCACCCAAGCCCGCGCCGCCCCAGAAGGAAGAUGCGGGCGGGGCCAGCUGCACCCCCUGGCACCACGGCCUCAGCGGGGAGACAAGAGUUUGCAAUGGAAAGCAGCCAUGAAAAGCAGGAACCGUGGCCCUUUGGAUGAGAAACUGAGGACGGAGCUGCUUGUACUGGUGGGCGCCGCUGUGGCCAUGCCCUGACAAGCUGUGGUCCUGGGUAAUGCCCUGUGCCAUCUCCAUGGCCUGACUCAGCGCUGACGGAGGCCUAGGGAGCAGGAAAUCAUCCCUCGAGUCUGGAUUUCUCAUACAGACCUGACCUGACCUCAUGUCUCCGCCUACCCGAGUGGUCCCCGGGGGCUUUACACACCCUGGCUUUGAUGUCUGCAGUGAAAAUGCCUGGGAACUCGACUGUCUCCCCAGACACCCACUGGCAGAGUGGAGCAACAUCUCAUCUAGAGCUGGCACCUGCUCCAGCUGCCUGCCCUGGUGCCGCUCUGCAGGGACCCCAAGCCCUGGUACAGGACUGGAACCCACAACCGUUAGAUUAGAGGGAACACCCCUGGGCAGUGAGGGGCUCUGGGUACAGCCAGGGUGGGUGGCUUGCUGGAGAUUAACACACACACACUCAGUGUGUUACUCUCUGACCCCCAUUGGCCAAUGACAGGAGGGCAGGAAGAUUACAGACAGGGCCUGGAGGUGGGGACGGAAAGUGAUGAGAAAUGGGGGGCCCUAGAGGCCCCCUCGUCUCUGCUGUCCAGCCUGCGGUGCUGACACAGGGCCACCAGCCACAGCUCUCAUCUUGUCACACACCCGAGGUUUGCCAGGCCCAGAACUCGCAUCCAGGCCCCAGACACGACUCUCCUGGGAUUGUCCCUAGAGCUAAAUAGCUUUGGAAUAAACCGUCUCUGUUCCCUGGGCACAAA